AUUGCCUAUUUUAUUCUUCUAUUGGUUGCAUAAAAUGAUUAAGUUCUUGCAGUCGAUGUCCCCCUUUAGGGUGCCUCCUCUGUGUGGCCAGAUGAGCAAUGAGCUGAAUAAACACACUCGUCGGCCACUAAAAUGACUUUCAGCGCUCCCUUUUCUUUUCAAGGCCAUUAACAAUUUGUAUGCCUUACGUUUUCAAGGUCAACCCCCCUUAAAAUCCACUGUUCAGCCAAACAGAAAAGAUUAAAAAAGUAAACAAAGAAUGAGCAGUGGUGUGUUUCUGUGAGCUGAAGAUUUUGCUUCUUACUGCAACCAGCUGCUCUUUCCGUCGGUGCCUCUUUGUUUUGUUCCAUUUUCCCUCCGAGGUGUCCGAGGCGACCGAUUCCAUGAUUCGGCCUUUGAAAGCCUGGCAGAAGAUGACUGCAUCUGAUUUGUCCAACGUGACCCUUCAGCUGGAGGACUCCCUGUCCAGUGCUUUAGGACGUUACCUGGACAACUGGCGGCGUAACAUGACAGCUGCAGCCAACGCUUUGGACAACACUCUGGCUGAGGAGAACUUCAAGAACGUCAUCUGGUACCUAGCGGUGAUGAUUGGCAUGUUUGCCUUCAUUGUUGUAGCCAUGCUGGUGAGCACAGUGAAAUCCAAGAGGAGAGAGCACUCCAAUGACCCCUACCACCAAUACAUCAAGGAGGACUGGACGGCUCAGAUACAACAAGGCGAUGUUGUUGCCAACUUUGGGGCUGGAUAAUGCGAGCGAGGGCCCUCAACCCACAGCACAUCGUCAGGUUUUCACCAGUGAAUCAUUCUCAUGGUCAAAACGUUUCCUAUAAUUUCCUAUAAUAUGAUUUAAUAGAUACUAGUUUAGCUUUAACUGCUCCUAAUAUUCUCGACUAACAUCAACAUUAGAACAGUGAUACCCGACCCCUCUAUCACAGCCAUGCCAUAUGACGUCAAGCGUCACAUCGUUGACAAAUGUGUCUUUCAUCUGAUUUUUAAGAGAAUGUUAUCCAAAAUGUAUUUAAUGUAGUUGACACAUUGUUUCAACCCUGAAAUAACGAAAUCAAAAAUGUUGACCCGCUGUCACACUAUCAUGACUUUGUGGGAAAGAUCAGAGCCAACGUUAAUGUUAAUAGUGAAAACACCUGUACUUUUAUUGCUUUUAACAAUAACAAUAACCCAUUCGUUUUUGUGCAAAAUGUACAUAUUGUAUUCAUUUCUUAAAACGCAAUCUACAUAGUUCAUCUAUUUAUCUAUAUAUAUAUAUAUAAACUGUGGCAAAUACCUGCUGAGAUACAGGGUGCAGAUACAGGUAUGUCCAGUUGAGAAUUACUGCAUGAGAAUCUGAAACUUUAAUAACACUUUCAUAAUUCAGCAUGUCAUACCUGAUUUCUGCCUGCGGAGGACAGACGAGGCUCCUCUCGCAGCAGCUCGAGAACUAUUAUACUUGAGGUCAAUAAUGAAGAGGAAAAAAUAACAAUUCUGUAAGUCAUUAUAAUGGGAAACAUUCUUAAAAUAAUGCAUUAGU